AGAAGAGGCAGCAGCCUCCCUUACAAGGAGUUUGGCAGGAGCUCAGCUGGCAAAAGUCAGAGCGAACGGGAGUUCCUCGUCCUCCGCCUCAUUCAUUCAAGUCAAAUCCGAGUGACCUGCAGCUGUGGCAGAGCAAGCAGCCGCCUCUUCAUUCCCAGCUCCUCAUUGCUCACUCCCUGCUUCAGUUUUGGGGGGAGCCCUUGGGGGGAAAGCGCUCUGCAGCCCGAAGGUGGAAACAGCUGUGGACAUGUGGAUAUCGAGCGGCUGCAUCUUGCCAAAAGGUCUCAUGGCGAUCCAGCUCUGAUUUGGAGUCAGAGGAUGUCUUCCAUGUUCAGCAAGCCUCGGAGUGCCGCCUGUGCUAAUGAGCGCCGUCUCCACACCCUUCCCCAAGAAUGCAACGUGGCGAUCUUAGGGUGUCAAGGAUCUGGAAAAUCAGCAUUGACAGUGAAGUUUCUAACCAAGAGGUUUAUAAGCGAAUAUGAUCCUAACCUAGAGGACACUUAUGCUUCAGAAGAGGUGGUAGACCAACAGCCAGUUCUGCUAAAGGUGAUGGAUACGGCUGACCAGGAUGCGCCUGUGAGCUGCGAGCGAUACCUGAACUGGGCCAGCGCGUUCAUGGUUGUCUACAGCAUUGACAACCGGAAGAGCUUUGAGGGAUGCCAGCAGUACUUGGACAUUGUUGCCUUCCACCUGAAAAAUGCCCAGCAUGAAUCGCCUGUCUUCCUGGUGGGGAACAAGCUGGACAUGGAACAGUACAGGCAGGUGACCAAAGGUGAGGGGAUGUCUCUUGCCGCUAAAUACGGCUUCUUCUUCUAUGAAGUCUCAGCCUGCCAGGAUUUUGAAUCUGUGCAGCGCAUUUUCCACGAGGCUGUCCGCGAAGUGAGGCGGGAGUUAGAGAGGCACAUGGCUGUCCGCCCCUUGUUCAUCCUUGAGGAGAAGCCCUCCCUUCACCUCGUCCCUCCAGCCACCGUGGCCUCCAAGCACGGCCUGGCCAGCUGCACCUGUAACACUCUCUCCACUGUGAACUACAAGGAAAUCCCUUCCAUGGCGCAAGCCAAGCUGGUCACGGUGAAAUCCUCCAGGGCCCAGAGCAAGAGGAAAGCCCCAACACUGACUUUACUGAAGGGGUUUAAGAUCUUUUAAGGGGAGUCUGCAACGGGCUGCUUCAAGAUGGGACAGCAAGUGGGCCCAUUGCCGGAUUGCACGAACCCUCGGCCCAACUCAGCAGCCGUUUCAAAUGCUAACGUGCUGGCCUUCCCUGCAGUCUGCGUGGCCUCUCGUACUACGGCAAAGCAUGCUGGGAAUGUAAGAAAAGACUGCCUGCUGGAUCAGGCCAAAGAUCCAUCUCGUCCAGCAUCCUGUUCUCACAGUGGCCAAUCAGAUGUCCAUGGGAAGCCCAUGAACGGGACUUGAGUGCAACAGCAACUUUCCCCACUACUGCUAUUCAGAGACAUAUUGUUUCUGAGUCUGGAGACAGCACACAGCCAUUAAUAGCCUUCUAUGAAUCUGCAUAACCUCCCUUUUCAAGCCACCUAAGCUCAUGUAUAAGAUCCAUCCUUGAUGCAUGACAUCUGCAGCAGGUACAGUCUUGAAGGUUAUAAAAACAAAAGACGAGGCCUGCUGGAUCAGGCCAGUGGCCCAUCUAGUCCAGCAUCCUGUUCUCACAGUGCCCAAUCGCAUGUCCCUAUGGGAAGCCGGCAAGCAGGACUUGAGUGCAAGAGCACUCUCCCCAGCCACCGGUAUUCAGAGACAUACUGCAUCCAACAGCGGGAACAGAACACAGCUGUCGUGGCUAGGACAGUAUCCCUGCAAAGCUUCAACAGCACUUUCUACAAUAACCCACCUUGAAUAGGCUGCUUUAUUUAAGUGCAGGGGGGAAAUCAAAUCAGGCCUGGGGGCAAAAAGGGUGGGUAACUCAGAAAACACUAGAAUGCAAUGGACUGGAUAUGAUAUGCAAGGGAAUGAGCAACAGGCUAGCAGUUGCAGAUAAAAGGGUCUGUGGUUUGGUUUUGUUUUUCCACCUCUCUGGUUUUGCAAAAAGCUACCCACAUGGCAAGAGCACUUUCUGACAGUCACUGUGCAGAACUCUCCUGGUUGGGGUGGUGAGAUUAGGCAUUUGCUGGGGCCCUGAGAGUGGCAAAGAGCCCCUUGACGUAGCAGCACUGCCAGUCACCGUUUGUUCAGAGCAUUCGAGAAAACCAUAGGAAGCUGCCUUGGAGCAAGUCAAACCGUUGAUCCGUGUAGGCUGGCAAUGUCUAUUCCAGCCUUUGCCAGUUUGGUGCCCUCCAGAGGUUUUGGACCAGCUCCCAUCAGCUGUGCUGGCUGGGGUGGAUGGGAGUUGUAGUCCUGAGCACCUGAAGGACAGCAGGUGGGGAAGGCAGAUGUACUCUGACUGGCAGCAGCUGUCCAGGGUCUCGGCCAGAGUCUUCCCCAGUUACCCCCCUGUUCAGCUGUGGGCUUAGCCUGCAAAGCAAGUGGUCUGUUGCUGAACUGGAGUUCUCCUCCUAAAGACCAGAGCAGGCUGGCUGAAUUCUCAGUUUGCCUGACAGCCACAGUCAGUGGAUCCACUGAAAUUCUGGAGCUGGUACUGAUGCUUGCAAGUGAUCCACCAGCCUGGCAUGUUUUCCACACGUUCAUUUGACCAUUUGUGGAUGCAACCUUAUCUGGCACUGAUUUUGUCUUCAGGAUGUCUGGUCUGAAUUUCUUCCAAGCACUCCUGCACACAGAAAGAGAAAUGGCGCACUAUUAUCUCUCGGGCAUAAAAACAUUGUGGUCAGCAACUAUGCCACAUGCAGUUUGAUGGGGAUUUUUUCUGCUCCAAAAACCUUUCCAAAUUCUGCACUCCAAACCUGAUAUUCUAGGAUCAGCAGAAACCUGCACUGCAUACCUUUUGCCUCUUUUUGCAAAGCUUGCCUACAUUUGGAUCAGCAUUUUGCAACAAUGUGUGUGACGGGGGGGGGGAUUGGCUAGGAAAGGGAGGUGGCAGAUGGGGAUCCUGGGAGGAAAGGCUCAUGUGCUGGGCUGCGUGGGCAUGAGUGCAUGCUGUGUGUGCAGUUCAAACAAAAUGUGUUUGUUGCUUUGGGUGACAAUGACACCUCUAUAGGUCCAGUUUCGCAAUACGCUGCUGAAGAACAGGCUGAAGGGACGCAGAGCCCCCAGUGGAAGAAUGGCACGCUGUUGCUUGCAUAGGUUUUCCAUCAGUGCUCCUAGAGCAAGGGUUGCCAGCUUUUUGUGGCAUGUGGGCAGAUACCAGAGAAACUGUCCUGGGCACCACACAUACUCCCUGCACCAAGCACAUGCUGCAAUCUAUUCCAUUUGCUUCAACAGAAUGCUUCUUUCAGGCCUAAUUUCAGUGAGGGGGGAGAGGGUAUCAUUCCGGCGGCCCCGGUCCGGGAGAGAUGCCUUCAGGUUCCCUGACACUCAUUACGCUUGCAGAACCUGCAGGGGAGAGCAGCACAAUCCCGUCGCCGUGUUAAUUGACAGAAGGGCAGCCUUGUUGCAAAGUAGCUAGCCGUGGUUUAGGACAGGGGAGAGGAACCCUUUUCAGCCCAAGGGCCACAUUCUUUCCUUGACAAUCUUCUGGGGGCCACGUGCCAGUGGUGGGCGGGGCCAGAGGGAAAAGUGGGCAGAACCAUAUCUGCAAAAUGUUACCUUUGUAUGGUAGGCUAGUUUCUUCACACUCGCACACCCCUCUCUGUCUUCCAUCUAGGCAAGCGAGAGGCAUUGCCAGAGCUCAAGGACAUAUGCCAGCCAGGCAAAAGGAGGAUGCAAAUCAGGGCUGAUGGGUGUGGCAGUGGCACCUGGUGGCACCAUGUCCACGUGGCAGUGGAAUCCAUUCCGGGCUUUAGUCUGAACUCUCAAGGAACUGUCCAAAUGCAGCCCCCAGACCUCUCUGUCCAGCCCUUGAGACUCUCCCGAGGCCACGCCUCCUCCCCAGGCCACACCCCCUUAGUGGCUUUACUUCACAACCUCCUUAAGUGCUGGCUGCAAUGUGUCCCUGAACUCUGCUAAUACCUCUUCCUUGUCUUGAUAGGAAAUGGAGAGAAACAGUGGCGGCUGUUGGCGCCAAGUCAGUGGGGCAGUGGAAUCCCCUUGAUGGGGAAUUUUAGGGGUCCAAUGGACCGGAGGUCCUGAAGAAAUUGAGGACACAGUCUUGUAGCAAAAAGGUAGGCCUUUAUUUAGUAAGGAAACUUACAGGUGGUCAGUUUCCCAUGAUGUUCGAUGGAGCUCUGCCACAUGGCACUGAUGUUCACAAUUUUAUACCCUCCAAGAAAAGGAAAUUAGCAUCCAAAAGUUAUACAUCAUCAAUACAAAGUUAUGAUGCUGCUUACAUUAAAACUAGCCAACCAGAUAACAGUCAGCAACUCUAAUACCAGCCUAUCACUUCUUUGAUGUAAUACAUUCCACAGCUGGGCCUUCCUGUCCUGAUGGAGACACUUACGUCUGUUUGAGCAAGGUCUCAUACAUCCAAAUCUAAUCUCCAGGGUCUUCCUGCCCUAUUGAACAUUCCAAGAAGAGACUUUACAAGUGACAUUAAAGAAACAAAAUAACAGAGAAGAGAUUUUCAACUUUGAUUCACAUUUUGAGUUGUUCAAUAUUCAACAAUAUUCCCAAAAAAUAUAUAGUUUAUUAGUUUGUCAUAAAAAUUCCACAUCACCCUCUGGGUUUUAGUCUUAACUUCUUUGAAAAUUCAGAAUAAAACCUGGAGCAGAUUCUACCGCCCCACUGACAUGGAGCCACCAGCCUCCACUGGCGUGCGGCCAGGGCCAGGCAGAGGGGCCUAGAGUGCUGUGUUUGGCUCUCGUGGUCUUGGUUCCCAUCCCUGCCUUAGAAGAUAGAUGUGUUGGUUUUAUCACUUUUUAACAAAGUCGGGAAGAUGUGCAAUAGUGAGGGAAUGUCUAAUGGAGAAGUCUGAUGAAGAUGCUGAAACUCCAAUGCAUCAGGGUCCAGAAGGGGCACGGGGGAGAGAUGUGACAAUGAAACAUGUAUAAAACCAGUUAAUCACUUAUAUCCGACCUCAGUGAGCAACACACCCACUUUCGUUUUGUCUGCUCAUCUGGAGUAAUGGAAUAAACAGUGUCUUAGCUCAGGAUGCCUUCAUCUUCUCUUGUUUUGAAGUCUGAUCUGUUCCAUUUGCCUCAAAUUAUUUUGCAACUGAAGAGCAUCAUACCACAAUGUUGUUAUAAUGUAACCAAGGAAUUAAAAGUGUUAAGAAAACCAGUGUAGCACUUUCAUAAUAAAGGCCGUUGAUUUAUUUCUCUAUUUCCCUUUUUGAGCUGGGGGAGAGCAGGAAGGAAGUGGGUUGUGUGCAGAAACAGCUUUAUCUUCUAUCUCAGACUAUGCUUCUUGGGAAGACGUGACCUUUAAAUUCUGCCAUUGCAAUUUUGCCCAACUGUUACGGAAAAUAUUUUAAUGAAGGAAACUUCGGGAAAGGCAAGCGUGGGAUCUUCUGUUUCAUUCUGCUUGUUGGCACAAGAGCAAUUUUCCCUGCUCUGUUUAGGGUUUGAAUGAGUCAGCCUCAGGAUCCUGUUACAGCACAUACACAAGCCCACAGCCUUGUGUAUUC